UUGAAAUUAAAUAACCGGAAUUAUAUGUUUCCUGCACUGUCUGUAAAAUAUUUUACUUCAUGGCGAAUCACGACUUAUAACAAUAUCGAAUUCUCAGCAAAUUUUUAUGAGUGCUUAGGAAGCAUUUCGUGUAUGUUCAAUUAAUUAAUAAACAACAAUGAUUAAUAUUUAAAUCAUUAAAUCAGUUAUAUAGUUUAAUAAACCAUUCGAAAUGAAAUGUCGAAGAUUCGCAUAGCUUUCACAAUUAGGAGAUACAUGUAACAAUCAAUAAUAUCCCAUUAACUUUUUAUUAAUAUAUAACAAACAGGAUGGCUAGUAGAGAAACAUCAAUUAAUUCGAAAAACUCGGAUGAUCAUACUGUUGAGACAUUGGCAGAAGUCUUCAGAUGUUUCAUUUGUAUGGAGAAGCUGAGGGAUGCACAUCUGUGUCCCCAUUGCAGCAAACUGUGUUGUUAUACAUGUAUCAGAAGGUGGCUCACAGACCAACGUUCUCAAUGUCCUCAUUGCAGAGCUUCCUUACAUUUACAUGAAUUAGUAAACUGUAGAUGGGUCGAGGAAGUGACCCAGCAGUUGGAUACUCUUCAAGCUGUUGGUAUCUCCAACUCUAGACACGACGAUUCAAAUAGGGAUAGAUGUACUGUACAUCAUGAGAAGCUAUCUGUUUAUUGUUGGACCUGCCGCAGAUGUAUAUGUCAUCAGUGUGCUCUGUGGGGUGGUACUCAUUCAGGGCACACUUUCAAACCAUUAGAAGAGGUGUACGAACAGCACGUUACACAAAUAAAGGCAGAAGUUGGGCAAUUAAAGAGAAGAUUGAUGGAAUUAAUCAGCCUAGUUCAGGAAGUGGAACGAAACGUGGAAUCUGUAAGAGCUGCAAAGGACGAGAGAGUAAGAGAAAUUAGAAAUGCUGUAGAAUUGAUGAUAGCACGUUUGGACUCUCAGUUGAAAGCUAAAUUAUUGACGUUAAUGGGCCAGAAGAAUUCUUUGACUUUAGAGACAGAACAGUUGGAAGCUUUAUUGCAAGAAGUAGAGCAUCAGUUACAUACGUCUACUCGUUCGGAACUUAUACUGAAAAGUUCAGAUAUUUCGAGGAUGAUACAUCAAGUACGAAAGAAACCAAUGACUAGUUUUGUUACUGCUCCUGUUCCAGCUGAUUUUCACAGUGAAAUUGUACCGGGGUACGAUAGCGCCACAUUUGCAAUGCAAAAUUUUACACAAUUACAACUAAAAGCCGACCCAGUGUAUUCAGCACCUUUGCACGUUAAUGGGCUGUGCUGGAGAUUGAAAGUAUAUCCGGAUGGGAAUGGUGUUGUACGCGGAAAUUAUUUAUCUGUCUUUCUAGAAUUAAGCGCUGGUUUACCAGAGACAUCGAAAUAUGAAUAUCGAGUUGAAAUGAUCCACCAAGGAUCUCGUGACACAAGUAAGAACAUCGUACGAGAAUUUGCAUCCGACUUUGAAAUCGGUGAAUGCUGGGGAUAUAAUAGAUUUUUUAGAUUAGAUUUACUUGCCACUGAAGGAUAUUUAAACACAGAAUUGGAUACUCUUAUAUUAAGAUUUCAGGUACGUCCACCAACGUUCUACCAACGGUGUAGAGACCAGCAAUGGUACAUUAGUCAAUUAAUAACAGUUCAAAAUCAAUAUGCUACUCAAAUCAACGAGCUGAAAGAGAGACUGGCAAUAGAAAUAUCACGGAAUGCUAUGGCAGCAACCAGAGUACCUAGUGGAGCUACAUUAUGUGGAUCAGCAUCAAACAUAGUGCCUGUGAUGAUUCAGCAACAAUCACAAGCUGCUGGAGAUCCAAUAGUCAAUUCUAAUUCUACUCGUUCAACUGAAACAUAUCCAAAUGGUUCAUCUACAAGUAGAUCAGUGCAGAAUGCGGUUCCAGGAGGAAGUAAUAACAGUUCUCUAACGGGGGAUCAGUUAAUGCCCAUGUGUGAACUAGUAGAUCUUUCAAAUAUGUGUCCCCUUGGCUCUACUUCAACGUUGUCCUCUGUAUCAUCUAAAACAAGCUUGAAGCAACGUAGAAUGAAUUUUUUAAACGUUGUUGAAGCUGAAUCACCCAAUGUACACAACGCGAAUGAUGUCGGUUCAUCAGGAGAUUGUCCGGCAACCGAUGUCCAUUCUCCACCCCUGUCUUAUCCGUCUCCGACGGUGCUCAAUCAACAACCAUCGAAUCGUCUGUCUAGUAGUAGCAGUAGUGAUAGUGGAGAAUUAAGUGAGCACGAUAUAUACUUAGAUGAAUGUGAACAUAACGAGCCGCAUUUAACACUUCUGGAUGAUAAUUCUAACGAUGAAAACGAUGUAGAUGAUGAAACUAUGUCAGGCGCAAGUUCAAACAGAGGUUCUGUAGGAGAUGUACAGAGAGACAGGCAAAGAGAAAGCAAGUUAGAUAAAGGAGAGAAUGAUGUGGAAGUAGCAGAAUCAUUAACGUUAUGGAUUCAAAAUAAACAGCGUACAAAGCAACAGAGUAACCGGGACAAUACAGGGGAUACCUGCAGAUUACGUGGCAAUGAUAGUCUAGAAGAUGAAAUAAUGUUGCUACAUUUAUUCGAAAUGCAAGAUCGAAAUUCUGCCUGGCCUCCUUUGUGCUUCAACAGCCAACACGUGGAUGAUUCUGAUUCAAGGACGUGCUUAACAAAUCUACAUCAUAACUCUAGCCCCUUGCACUGUAACGCUACACUGCCAACCCAUGGAUCAUCUACAUUUUCCCAUAAGCAUAGAGAACUUGAAUCAGUAUGCAACGAACAAUUUUCGGAUAAACGAUCUACCUGUCCGUCUCAUCUUUGUCAGCCUCAAGUGAUGUGCAAUGGUAGAUCUAAAUUAAGUCAAUUAUCUAGUAUCUGUCAGCAAGAUGUAUCCGGAUUAACAGCUUGUGGAAGUCAGACUAGAUCUGAACCUGCGACUCGUUCAAAUUCAAUAGACUGUGAAAAAGAUCUUCCAAAAAUGUCUGUAGUUAAUAAAGUAAAUCAUGAAGUAGAGACAAGUAGGUCGGAUUUGAUAGUACCAAGUGUAGUAUUGGACAGUAACAAAAUUGUAUCCAAACAUUUAUUAUCACGACGACAAUCAUCACCGUCGUCGUCCACUAAUGUUGGUAUUGUAAAUAACGAGAAUAGUAAGAUAUUUGAGUUCGAACAAUUACUUGAAACUAUUCAAUUAUCUCCGAUAUCUCAAAAGGACACUGCCAGCUGUUUCAAUAAAUUAAGGAAAAAUAUUUCACCUGAUGGAAAAAGCAAUGGUUGCACUGCUACUAGUAUUAAAUCCACUGCCCUCUCAUUAGGACCUGAUGUUCCAUCAUCUUCUACAAGCAGUACAACAGACGCUGUACCGAGCCCCAACAAUUACAGCUGGGCUCCAGCACUGUACCAACACAAGCAUAGUCAGAAAAAUAUUUUAGAGGCUACUAUGCAAAUAUCUUCUAACGAUACUUCUAAUAAAUGUACUGCUGAAAAAUCGUUAGAGGAAAGUAAUUCAUGAAGUUCCCUUUAAAGUGCAUCUGUUGUAUUUAACGUUACAAAUAUACUGUGAUUUUUUAUUUAUCUAUACAUUAAUAUUAUUAAAACUAGUAAGAAUUAGAAAUUUCAUUUUUGAAUCUGCUAACAUGGUAAGUGUAAUGUUCAAAUAAAUUCAACGUUUUAUAGCAAGUAUUAAAUUUUAUUAAUGAACACGAAAUAAUACGUGUAUCAUUUUAUAAAUAUUGAAUAAAUAAUUCCGUAUUUGCUAUGAAACAAUUUGUUAGCUGUAACUGAAUAUUAGUAACCAGUCGAUUCUUCUUUCAGCUUAAAAAGCAUAUAAAGAAAAUCUGACAAAUAUCAUUCCAUAUUAAAUAGUUCAAUUUACAUUAUUUAACAUUAUUUAUUAUAUGCGCGUAUAUUACACUUUCAGAAAAAUUCAUGUAUUAAUAUAUUGUAUAGUAUCAAAAUACUCAGUAUGUUUAUUUUUUCAAUGGUUAUGGUGUUACAAAUAUAGAGAAAAGAAAUUUUG